AUGGGAAGGGUUGAUAUGUCAGAUGAUUGGUGGAGUGAUCGCGAAAAGGAGUGUCCUGGGAUUAGAAGAUCUAUAUGGAAAGAGGAAUUUAAUAUGGAUAUGUUUGAAGAGGAAUUUGGUGCUGUAGUAGUAACUGGAGCAGAAGGAUGGAGUGUUCAACAUGGAGAAGCAAGCUUGAAUUCUGGAGUGGGUGUAGAUGGUGGUGAUGAAGUCGAUUCUCAGCCAAUGCUUGACAGAUGGAUAUUAGAAGAUGGGGAUGGUGAUUAUGAUGAUGAGCUUGGUUUGUUUGAUGUUCCCAUCGCUGAGAGAUUGAGUCAUAGAACAGAUCGAGGAGCAGGAUGGCGACAUGUCCAACAACUUAUGUAUGAAUCUGAUCAGCAAUGUUAUGACAUUUUUCGAAUGAACCAAAAGACUUUUGAAGCUUUGUGCAAGAUGCUAGCUGAGCGAUAUGGAUUGAAAGAGACUCACCAUGUCUACAUUGAGGAAUCUGUUGCGAUGUUUCUCGAGACUGUUGGUCAAGAUAAGACGAAGAUGGAUAUUGCUGCAAGGUAUCAAAGAUCAGUGGAUACGGUCCAAAGGAAGCUUGAUGAAGUUUUGAGUGCUCUUCUAAAGUUUGCGGAGGAUACAUUAAGACCACAAAAAGGCGAGUUUGGAAGAGUGAUUCCUGUUUUGAGGAAUGAUGAUCGGUAUUGGCCUCAUUUCAGAGAUUGUGUUGGAGCACUCGAUGGAACUCAUGUGCCGGUUCGCCCUCCAAGUCAAAAUGCAGAAGCAUAUAAAGGUAGAAAGCAAGAUCCUACAAUGAAUGUUCUUGCUAUAUGUAGCUUCGACAUGAAGUUCAUAUACGCAUAUCUCGGUGUACCUGGUAGAGCACAUGAUACAAAGGUCUUGACUCAUUGUGCGAGGAAUGAGGCUUCUUUCCCACAUCCUCCUCCUGGAAAAUAUUAUCUAGUUGACUCGGGAUAUCCGACCAGGACGGGGUAUCUUGGUCCGCAUCGGAGUAUGCGAUAUCAUCUUGGUCAGUUUGCUAGAGGAGGACUACCAGUUAGUGCACGAGACUUGUUCAACUGA